UAAUAACUCUUAUUGGACCUACUUAUUCCUCGAUCUGGGAUACGCUGACGUCCGAGAGGUGGACAACCGAGAUUGAGUUCUCGCGUGAAACGGGUUAGCGCCUGUGGCCGUGCCUUAGUAAACGUCACCGCGCAACCUCACCUCUUGCCCUUCCACGUCCUUCUACCUCCAACCACAUCCUCUCAGCGUCCUUUUCUCCGCCACUAGUCCUCCGAUUCGUGGCUAUAUCAGGUCGCUUUUCGUUUGCGAUCAGAACUUUGCAGAAAAUCCCGAUUUUCCCUUAUCUCGCGACAGCAUUUUCCGUUUUAUUUACCUGACUGCGUGCUACUAUGGCUUCUGAACCGAAUGAUCGCUCCAACACGCCUGCAACCUCUGAACCCAUCAAUGGGGCCGGUGUCGAUGCCAUCAAGCCGUCUACGGAUGAGCCAUCAAACCAAGCGAACGGUGACAGUGUUCUAACUAACCCUGGAAACGCAACUUCCCCCGCUGAGGAGAACAAGCCUACCGCAGACGCAGAGGCCGUUGAUGAAGCUAAGCCUAAUGAAGAGACCAAGACUGACGAGCAAGCCCCUGCUCCUGUGACUUCGGAUCCCAAGGAAUCUGCUACCGGAGAUGAGACAGAACAGCCGACUGUAGGUGACAAGCGAGGCCACGAAUCAACUUCAGAGCCAGCGAAUGCGGAUAAAUCGAACGACAAGAACACGACAGAGCCUACGGUCAAGAAGCAGAAGACUGACGCGGAUCACGCCGGAGUCAAACAGGGCACCCCGGCACCUACAGCCGCGAAGGGCGGUAUACCGGAUCCAGCUACGAACGGGAACAAGAAGGGUGGUCGGCCCAAAAAAGCGAAGGAGCCCGUCAAAAGGGACAUCCCCACGGGUGGUAUCGGGAGCCGAACACGCAGCCGCACUAAGGCUGCUUCUUGAAAUGCGUCAACUCCUACUUUGACACCAUUGAACAAUAGUUUCAAC